AUGGCCGUCGGUCAGUCGGUAUCGAACCGCCGCGCCGUGCGGAGCUCCUACGCUGACUCGCGUAGGCACCGUUCUGCUCCGUAGUGGACGGCCGCUCUGGAUAUCCGCGCGCGCCGCGACGUUCGCGACUCACCGAUGGCUUCCCGGCCUCCGCGCGCAAUCCUCGAGUAUCCCGCCGUCGCCAGUCCGUUCGAGCUCGUGGGACGCGUUAAUCGGUCGGUCGCGAGGGCCGCCCGGUAACUUCUGAGCAGUAGCGAUUAGUAAAAGAGCAGCGCCGAGGGGAGACAGCGGUGAGUUAGUGGGAAUCGCGCCGGUGAAAAUUCGCAAACUGAGCGGUGAGAUUCGCGUAAACAUGGACGCUGGAGCUGGACAGGGUAAAAAGCAGAUCCGCGUGGGGUUUUACGACAUCGAGGGCACCAUCGGCAAGGGCAACUUCGCCGUCGUCAAGCUGGCCAGACAUCGGAUCACAAAGACGGAGGUGGCCAUCAAGAUAAUCGACAAGACCCAGCUGGAUCCUACCAAUCUGGAGAAGGUUUACAGAGAAGUGGAGAUUAUGAAGCAGUUGGAGCAUCCUCAUAUCGUGAAAUUAUAUCAAGUCAUGGAAACGAAGAACAUGAUCUACAUGGUGUGCGAAUACGCGAGCAAGGGCGAAAUAUUCGACUACAUAGCGCGCUACGGGAGAAUGGGAGAGCCCAGAGCACGCGCGACGUUCGCGCAGAUACUCUCCGCGGUCGAAUACUGCCAUGUGACGGGUGUGGCGCACCGCGAUCUAAAAGCGGAGAAUUUGCUUCUGGACGCGCAGAUGAACGUGAAGAUCGCCGACUUCGGCUUCAGCAACAGAUUCGCACCGGGUGAGCGGCUGAGCACGUGGUGCGGCAGUCCACCCUACGCCGCCCCGGAGGUUUUCCGCGGCAAGCAUUACGCCGGGCCGGAGAUCGAUGUGUGGAGUCUGGGCGUUGUGUUGUACGUGUUGGUAUGCGGAGCACUGCCCUUCGAUGGAUCAACUCUUCAGUCAUUAAGAGAUCGCGUACUAAGCGGCAGAUUUAGAAUUCCUUACUUCAUGAGCACAGAUUGCGAGAGCCUAAUACGCAAGAUGUUAGUGUUGGAGCCUUCCAAGCGAUACACCAUUCCACAAAUUAAGCGGCACCGUUGGAUGGCGGGUACAGCGGACAGUAUAUGUUCGGUGAUCGUAACGAGGCCGUCGUCGUCUAUUCAGGAACCGAACGAGCAAAUACUUCGACUCAUGCACAGUUUAGGAAUAGACAUCACUCGCACCAGGGAGUCCUUACGAAACAGCAGCUAUGAUCAUCACGCGGCUAUUUAUUUCUUACUGUUGGAAAGAUUGAAGCAACAUCGCGUCAGCAGCACCAUUAAUAACACAUGCUGGUCCACUGUUGCGAGAACGAAAGAAGAUAAAUUUAAAUCAAGAGCAAGAGAAGAUACUGGUAGAGGGGGUAAGAGAUUCAGCUCGACGAGCUCCUCAACCGAUGAAGGUUGUUGCAGCGCGGAGGGUGAUUUGGAGGAGGGGCCGAGCGGCGACGAGUUGCGCGAGGCGCAGAUCAAACUCGAGGAACACCGAUUAGGCCUAGAUCACGAUAUCAGUCAACGAAUUGACAGCCAGAUAGUCAAUCGACGAUUAAGCGAUUACCAGCAUCAUUUUGAUAACCCGCUUAUGGAUCCUAUUGAUCCUCCCAGUCGGACGACGCUGUUCAUGGCGGGCGGCAGCGGUAGCUCGUCCUCGGAACUCUUCGAGUCCAGCUUCGAUUCUGGCUGCCCGCCAGAUUACACGGGGACUAAUUGCUUUACGAGCAGCCUACCGUCCUGCACUCCACCGCCACCUAAAAGUCCAUCCCCCAUCACUGGCAGGAUAUCUCGAAUCUCUCAAGGACGAAGAGCAUCCGACGGUGGGCCCAGAUUACUGUUCUGCCAGCAAGGCAGCGGAGACAGGCCAUCCAAACAGAGGAGUAUUCAAGAUUCGGGGAAGGCACGAGGUCACCUGGACCUAGUCCACCUUAGACCACCGUCCACGCCGCCCGACAAUCAGCAGCAAUUCAAGAUGCGUGGCGACUCGGGAACGCAGCUGCAGCUUCUGGUGCAGCAACGCAUGCUGCAGCAAAAACGCAAUCUGUAUCAUCGGCACCGAGGCGGCGGCAGUCCAACGCCGAUCCCGGUCUCUACCAGCGGCACCAGCAGACGCGCCGAUCACGUGCCGAGGCAAGACAGCUACAAGCUGGCCCAGCGAACGCAGAUUUUGCCGCCUCUCUCUCAGGGUCACGUCGACCGAGACUUCGACAGAGACAGGAAGCGGGACGAGGAGAGGUGGAAGAGUCUACCGUCCCGAUUGGCAGCGGACUGCCAGUUAGCGGAGAGAUCGCUAAUAUGGAGCCAGCAGGUGGGCCUUAGUGGAGGCGCGUCUUACUUACCACCGGGCAGUGUAGGUGGUUUCUUGUGGCCCACCAGCAGCAAUCCACAUUCAACCAUCUUCGAGAAUGUAGGGGAUCCCAUGGAAUAAACUUCUGCCCUAUAUUGUUAGUAAUUAUCUUGAGAUCUUGCGUAUGAAAAGCCAGGCUAAGCUGUUACAUCGACUCUCUGUCUAUCUCUCUCUUUCUCUGUUCAUCUCUCUCCCUCCCUCUCUCUCUCUCUCUCUCUCUCUCUCUCUCUCUCUCUCUCUCUCUUUCUUUUUCAGCAAUAUUCCCUCUCCAAUCUUUCCACGUUGACUUUUAAUUAUUAAAAUAGUUGCAUAUCAUUUUAUUUCGAAUACGUUAAGAAACUAUGUCACAUACGAAGAAUUUAGUAUAACAUAUUCACUCGUCUGUAAUAAUUAUCUACUUUACAUACUCAAGAUCUCUGAUUAGAUGUAUGGUACAUGUUACUGAAUGCCAAAGAUUUACACUUUUGUAUUUUUACCCAUUUGAGGCACUGACGGAGAAUUCGGCGUUGAAAUAUAACGAAAACUUAUAGGCGAUGUUUCAUACAAAUCGUUUAAACACUAAAAGUUUUAAGUGCUAAAAUGCUGCUUCAUCCAGUUACACCACUUAUCGCUAUAAUGUAUUCUAUGCCCGUGUAAAAAAUCAUGCCCGUAUGUAUUCCGUAUCUUGAAAGAAAGGAAGUCAAUAUCCAUUUUCUCGAUUUGCGCAAUGCAAAUGGGGCACAAGAGGAUUCAUCCAGAGGAAUCUUUGCCGUACAGUAACAUAUGUACCUGCCUUAUUAAAAUGACUGAUUCUACCAGUCAAAUAUCCAAUUAUAUCAUAGACUGAUAAUUAACAAGACGAAACACCAAAUUUGGUUGGAGAGCAAGUGGCAUAUGACUUGCUUUACGGCAUCCGCUAUUAAGAACAUCACAGCGAGAGAACCGUGAAGUUUUGGAGUAUCCUUAAGUGAAGUUUUUGAUUGACGAGUACGGACUUAGAUAUAAAAUGCUUCGAGGAUUCAUUCAUUUUCGUGACUGUGUGCUCAUGCGUACAUAAAAACGAGAAUGAUAGAAUGCGAUCCGACACGACUUAAGAAAAUAUUACGUACUGCCAAUGAAUGAGGAAGAAACGAAUGCUCAAGUCGUUGAUGAGAUAUAAAUACGUGAUGUAGAGUAAGGAAGUAGAAACGAAAUAUCAAGGAGACACGCAAAGAAUAAGAACGUGACUGAGAUAGAGUUAAAAUUCUUUCUGUAGGGAACCACAAGUUCUAUGCCACUUCCGCUUUUCCGUUUAUUUGAUCCGAAGAGUGGAAACACGACGCGAGAGUUUCGAGGGAUUUUCAGUUUUCUUGAUAAGCGUUCCAGUAAUACUGUACAAAAUUAGUGAUGUUUUCCUCUCUUCCACUCUUCACGAUGGUGACCAUAGAUAAUAGGAAAUAAUAACGGAAAACAAUAAUAUUAGCGGUAAAUAGUAGCUAAUGUGUAAGAGACGACGAGAAGUGCUGCAUUCUGUAAAGAUGUUUGAAUAAAUUAUUUAUGUGAUCACACGAAUUUCCUAUAGAAGAGCAUAAGUUGAACAGCAUUUUGUAUAUGUUAUCUCUUUCUAGAAAUAUUUAUAGUCGCAUUAAGUAGUUGCACUACUUUUAUACAAGUGUCUUUCAUGAAUAUUCGCUGAUACUCUAAAUAUGAUUUCUUCUAAACAGGAUGUUCUUCUAUUUCUAUGGCUCUGUUUUAUGAGCUUCUUGCAUGAUUAUAAUUAUUAGGAAACGUUAAAAGAGAAACAAUAAUGAUUACGAAACCGUUUGUACGUUUGAUAUGAAUACAGCACUUUUAAAAAGAAAAAAAAACUAUAUAUAUAUAUAUAUAUACAUAUAUAUAUAUAUUAUUAGAACCUAGUAAUUUAGUCAGUAGUAAGCAAUACCGGCCGCGCACAACUGACAACGACUUUACUAUUCAAAUUUUUCGCCAUUUUUUACCCGACAGGAAACAAUCAAACUUCGCUCAAAAAUCUUUUGAUAAGUAAAACAUAACUGUUAAGUUAGCCUAAUCGCAAACAAGAUCUAUCAUUCGCAAAACGAACAUCGACGCAGGAUAUCCCAUGAAUCUCAGGAAUUGAAAAUCAAUUUUGGCAUUAUUGCGAGUUAUUAUCUCACAUAUAUUUGUCUUUUCUGGACUGAAAGAGCUUCGAACUGUGUGAAAUAAUGAUCAGUACAACGUUGUUUUAGUGAGCAAUAAAUGAUUAAUUUCACCUGUCCAUCGAAACAUUACACAUGUUCGACUCACACGACUCUUGCGAGAAAUUUUGCGACGAUUACAUGUGAUACAUAGCUAUUAUUUCAUGAAACGUAAUCUGUUUAAGGGCUACGGCCACUUUUGCAGAAGUAAUUAUUUGCUAUCAAGCAAUGACUGCCACAUACGGACUAUUCGUCGUAUAAAAUCUAAUAACCCGACUGAGAUGGUCACUUAUAUGUGCAUAUAACAUAAACUAACUAAUUCUGUUCUCACGCUCUUAGCAAAGUGCGCAUAUAAUAUCACU